AUGACCAACUGUUGCUCCCCUUGCUGCCAGCCUACGUGCUGCAGGACCACCUGCUGCAGGACCACCUGCUGGAAGCCCACUUGUGUGACCACCUGCAGCAGCACACCCUGCUGCCAGCCCUCCUGCUGUGUGUCCAGCUGCUGCCAGCCUUGCUGCCGCCCAACUUGCUGUCAAAACACCUGCUGCCAGCCCACCUGUGUGACCAGCUGCUGCCAGCCCACCUGUGUGACCAGCUGCUGCCAGCCUUCCUGCUGCAGCACACCCUGCUGCCAGCCCUCCUGCUGUGGGUCCAGCUGCUGUGGCCAAACCAACUGUGGGUCCAGCUGCUGCCAGCCCAGCUCCUGUGCACCUGUCUACUGCAGGAGGACCUGCUACCACCCCACGUGUGUCUGCCUGCCUGGUUGCCUAAACCAGAGCUGUGGCUCCAGCUGCUGCCAGCCCUGCUGCCGCCCAGCCUGCUGUGAGACCACCUGCUGCAGGACCACUUGCUUCCAGCCCACCUGUGUGAGCAGUUGCUGCCAGCCUUUUUGCUGCUGA